CAUUUCUCAUCUUCCGCUCUCUACGCAUUUAACACGCUGACGAAGUGGAAGAAGACGAAGCACGACGACUCUCGCGCUUACAGAUUUCUUGAUCCGAUACUCAUUUUCUCUCCUCCCUUUGAAUCAAUAUCUUCUUGAAAUUAUAUAAUCUAGGCAAUUUGAAGAUCUUGUGGUUCACAAACUCAUUAGCAAGAGCUUAUCAUUUUCAUCAUCUACUUGAAGAACGUAUGGGGGAAACUGUUAAAGAGCGUGGUGAUGGAAGUGCAGAGCUGGUUAAAUCCAUGGCUGAUAAGCAUGUCGGUCUCGUGAGACCAGCUGCUAAAUAUUACUCUGCAAUAAAAGAUGCUAUGGUGUGUGGGAAAGGAAGAUAUACGCUUGUAAAAGAUGUGGACGAGGUGGAAAAUGGAGUGUAUGACAAGCCUCUUCCAUGCUUUGGUUGUGGAAUCGGAUGGUUUUCCUUCCUCUUGGGUUUUGUGUUUCCUUUCUUGUGGUACUAUGCGACAUUUCUAUAUUUCGGGAACUACUACCGCAAGGAUCCUAGAGAAAGAGCCGGCCUUGCUGCUUCUGCAAUCGCUGCGAUGGGAUUCUCCCUCAUGCUACUGGUGAUUGUUGUUUUCAGGUGGUUCUAAUGGGUUCGCUGACUUAUACGCCAUAAUCUUGAGAUAUAUAAUGAAAGUCCCAUCCUUGUCAAAAGGAAAAGAGGAGGGACUUAGAUAUAUAUAAACCCUAAAUUACACAGAUGAUUAUAAUACCUCUCUCAAGCUCUGUAUCAUUUUCUUUUCAAAAAUCUACAGUUUGUGUACAAAGAACAGAAAGUAAAAAAAUAAAUGAGUAAAUGGUUGUUUCUUUCUUGAGCUCA